AUGUGUGGCCUUUAUGCCUGUCUGAUUGCACUCGCCGUAGUCUUUCCUGCAGUCCUAGCGGAAUGCAACCGCACGCACCUAUUCGAAUGGGCUCACAACUUCGUCGAUGCCCAGGCACUCGGAUUCGCUGGCUAUCUCGGCGGCGCCUCUGAUGACUUCGUGUACCAAGAGAACAACAAAACAAUGGAUCUCACGGCUGGUGUCAUGAGGAAAAUGCUGAAGAUAGACCAUAACCGGACAAUAGCCGACAGUGUCACCUGCUCGUCUUACACGGAAAUCAUCUCGGCUGAUGCCGCACAGCCAUAUGUCAUCGGGGCUCAGAUCCAUCACAACCCCAGCGACAUGAAAGCGUACUUGGUCGACUCGAUUGUUUCCACGACAGGGUCCUGGCUCUUCAACGCGACGCAGACCCUCCACUACGCGCUCCAGGAGAACUGGGGAGUUUUACCCGAGAACAAGCGCGACACUCGAACCACGCUGAAGAACGCCGCGGAUGCCUAUCUCAAUAUUUGGUCGAACAAGAGCGCGAUCGAUGCCGUCCCGUGGGGAACACCUUGUGCCCGCCUAGAAGGCGGGGCGUAUACCGGCAAGGGAGAACCGAACGACAGCUGCAAGGUGGGCAUUCCAACCAACAAUAAUCAGGCUCCCAAUUCGCACCGGAGAUAUGUCAUUGAUGAGACGGUGGGCUCUGCCAGUGUUUUGUGUAUAUUUGAGCAUCUUCAGAUGGCACCAGAUAGCCACGAGUUUCGGUUGGAAGGGGGGAAGCUGCGAUAUGUGCAUACGAUUACUGUCCCUCAGAAGUAA